GAACAAAUUUUAUUUUUGGAGAAUCCAAUGUAUAGUUAUCACCGUUUUCAAUAUUAUAAUUCAGUCAAAAGAUCGAUUGUCACGGCACUUAGCAAUUUGUUACAAGUUCAAUAUGAAAAAAUCCCAAUGUGAUUCUGUCAUCAACUUUUAAAAAAUUACUUAUGAUGUAUAGGCUUUACACACGAAGUAGAACCUCUAUGCGAUUUUGUUUAUGUACAUUUUGGUUGACAUUGCGUAACAGGAAGUAGAACCUCUUGGCUCUUGCCCAACAAGAUCUGCAGACCCGUCUCUCCCCCUCUCUCUCGACACUGCAGCCUGCUUUUCACUCGAUGGCGAUCCAAAGACUCCCAAAGAGCAAGCAAAAACAACCCAGAUCCCCAAUCCUCCUACUCACAUUGCUCAUCGCAGCAAUCGGCAUAUUGUUCCUUCUCUCUUCUCUCAGACCCUUAUACUACGGAACUGGGUUCUCUUUAUUUUCCUCUGCGAAGGACAUGGUGGUGCCCAAGAACCGCCCCAGACCCUACAGAGCAUCGGAGAAGUUCUUGUACUGGGGAGAUAGAAUAGACUGUCCUGGAAAACACUGUGAUCCUUGCGAGGGUUUGGGCCAUCAGGAGUCCAGCCUCAGGUGUGCCCUUGAAGAAGCCAUGUUUCUCAACAGAACUUUUGUGAUGCCUUCCAGGAUGUGUAUUAAUCCAAUCCAUAAUAAAAAAGGGAUUCUUCACCAGUCAGAGAAUGCAACUUCAGAGGAAAGGUGGGCAGCCAGCUCCUGUGGCAUGGAUUCUUUGUAUGAUCUGGACCUCAUGUCCAACACUAUCCCUGUAAUUUUAGACAAUUCUGAAACAUGGCAUGAGGCUCUGUCAUUCAGCAUGAAGUUAGGGAGUAGGGGCAUUGCCCACGUAGCAGGAGCUAGUCGGUCUGAUCUCAAAGAGAAAAGUCGGUACUCAAAUAUGUUGGUCAUUAAUCGAACUGCUAGUCCUCUUUCAUGGUUUAUGGAGUGUAAGGAUCGAAACAACCGCAGUGCAAUAAUGCUGCCAUAUUCAUUUCUUCCCUCAAUGGCAUCCAAGAAACUACGAGAUUCUGCAGAAAAGAUUAAGGAGCUCCUUGGUGAUUACGUUGCUAUUCAUGUUCGUCGAGGGGAUAAAUUGAAAACUAGGAAGGACAGAUAUGGGGUUGAUAGGAGUUUGCAUCCCCAUCUUGACCGGGAUACUCGCCCAGAGUUUAUUCUCUGUCGAAUUUCAACAUGGGUCCCACCAGGACACACCCUUUUCAUUGCUUCAAAUGAGAGGAAGCCAGGUUUCUUCUCACCUCUUGCUGUCAGGUAUAAGUUGGCAUAUUCAUCGAAUUAUAGCAGUAUAUUGGACCCAGUGAUUGAGAAUAACUACCAGCUGUUCAUGCUAGAAAGGCUUAUCACGAUGGGAGCCAAAACAUUCAUAAAAACAUUCAAGGAAGACAAUACAGAUCUUAGCCUUACAGACGAUCCAAAGAAGAAUACAAAGACGUGGCAAAUCCCUGUUUAUACCAAGGCUGGGAAAGGGUGCUGAUAGUGUCUCGUUAACCGAAAACAAAGAAAUAUCCCGGUUUUUUCUUGGGUCUUUGUUGUCAUGUUCCCGUUAAUGACUGCCCGAGUUUCUUGCCCCCUAUACUUCCUCAACUAAUUGAACACGGAAGAAACUGCUCUGAUAAAGAACAGAAAAGAAACAGAAUUGUUGUAGCCUUGCAUGGAGAUGGAGAUCAUGAGGUAUAUGUAGAGGAGAUGACAUGUAUGCUGACAUACUGUGAAUUUGUGGUGUGAAUACUCUGUGGAUUAUUACUGGACCGGAUACAUUUUGCAAACAGAAAUUUUGACGAUGCCAAUUUGAUUCUUUCC